AUGUCAUCAAAAGACGAGGGCAAAACCCGUAAUAUUGAUACUCAGAAUAGUGAUGAUAAUAGUUCAAAUGAAUAUAUUAAGACGAGAUUUAAAUUCUCAAAUAAUAUUGUGCAGUUGAAUUUUAAGGAUUAUGAAGUAAUUUUAAAAAAUGUUGAUUUAAAUGUCAUUAUAACACCCGAAAGAAUGAUAACUCAUGCAACACGAGCAAAGAAUCCAUCUGAACUUACUCACACAAUUACGUUCAGUACAGAAAGAGCACAAAAUUUAACUAAGGAUGAUCAAGAAAAGAACUCAAUUCCUUCAUCAGGUUCAACACCUGAAUUAACUACUGCUUUACCUUCUUCAUUAUCAUCAUCGGCUCAGGAACAGAAAAAGCGUAAAUUAAGAAAAACAGAAGAUGUCUCAGUUAAUGAAACUGGCUCUUUGGCAACCGAUACAAGCAAAUCUAAAGAAGUUGAAAGUAAAAGAAAGAAAAAGAAAAGAAGUAAUUAA